AUGGACGCGAUUUGCGGAAAAAUAGCGCUGAUAACCGGAGGAGCUAACGGAAUAGGAGCCGCCUACGUGAGGCGCCUAUUCCAAGCGGGAAUGCAGGGUUGCACCAUAACCGAUGUGGAUGAGCAACAAGGCGAAGCCUUGGCGGAGGAGAUGAACGGCUGCUAUGGAUCGGGCAAGGCGAUUUUCGUCAGGGGCGACAUGAGCGACAAGGCCAGCUUCGAGUGCGUGUUCCAGGAGAACAUGAAGACGUUCAACCAGCUGGAUUUGGUGGUGAACAAUGCGGGCAUCUUGCGGGAUAGAGUGUGGGAGCCAAUGAUCAACCUCAAUAUCGCAUCUACUGUAAAUGGAAGCCUGUUGGGAAUCAAGCAUAUGGGGAGGAACAAUGGCGGGUGUGGUGGCACCAUUGUGAACACCGCGUCCAUUUUGGGGCUGCAGGGCCUGCCUGGUUGUCCCUGCUAUACCGGAACCAAGCACUUUGUAGUCGGGUUCACCCGCUCCAUCGGCACGCAAUUCUGGUUCGAUCUGACCGGGAUCAGGUUCCUGACUGUUUGCCCAGGCGUUACAAUGACACCCAUGAUUUCCGAUGCUGAGCAGUGGGUGUUUGAGGGAUUUCCCGGCCUGGGCAAGCUGGUGGUUGAUGGGCUGAAGGCCGAGCCGUGCCAAACAGUUGAAGAUAUGGCCGAAGGCCUCAACACCAUGCUGAAUGAGGGAGAGAAUGGAAGCAUUUGGGUGGGGGAGGGCGCCAAGCCCAUCUACCAAGUGGUGAUCCCGCCUAUUCGAGCCAUGAAGGUGGACGGCGGUGAAAGCUGCAAAUCGCCCUGAGUUUUUGUGUUGAAACUAAGCAAGUGUGGAGUGAAAUAAAUGUGGUACUGGCUA